GCAGCGACAAGCACACUUGACCGAAGCACGCUCGCCGCGGAAGGGUGCACGCGGCCCUCUCGAGUACUCGCGAGUGACAAUUAAUAAACGCGUCGCGCCGCGUUCAUCGCCGUGGGUUCCUCCUCCACUGUGCAAGAGUCGGCCAGUCGAGUCGUGGCUACCAUCGAGCGUGCACUGGUUCGAAAAAAUCCCUGAUUCGAGUCGACAUCGUGGCUCGAACAAAGGGGAAACAGAGAUCGAUCGGAGUUGUUCGUCGACGAAAGAACCAACCGUAGUGAACGAUGCCGGAGAAACGUGGUCGAUGAAAGUGACCGGUGUAAAAACGAUGGACAUUGAGGGGGUGGAAGAAGCACGAUCGUUGAAUUCGUGAAGAUUGAGACAGGAGACGAGAGGGACGUUUUUUUUUUUUCGACAGAACAAUUUCUGUAAAGUCGCGUUUCGAUACAAGGAAGUGGAAGAGAUGUCGGAUGUCGUGGAAGACGACAAACGAAGCGAAGCUUCCCCGAGACCGUCUCAGUUGACUCCCUUCAGUAUCGCCGACAUCCUCAGCAGAAGAGGCUCCUCUUGCGAGGAGCGACGACCAUCCGAGUCGGAGGAAACGCAAGCCGUAGCGUCGUACGCGAAAAGACUUCAGCAACGCGAGUACGAGUGUUUGGAGAACGAUCACAGGGAGGGUCAGUUGGAGGAUCGUAAUCAGAUGGCGAGAUUCUCGAGGCUACCUUCGCCGGAUCUCAACGUGGCUCGCGAGCUAGACAUACUGACGAGAAAUCUGGUCCACGCGAAUAUCUCCAACUUUGGGACUAUUCCGCACUUGGCACAGGGAGGAACGUUCAAGCAUCUCGAGAACCUGGGCAACAUGAGUAGUUAUCAGCCGGUGAAGGAUUCGAGGGAUUCCUCGCAGAGGCAGCAAGACGAGGCGUUGGAUAUGAGCAAGAACAAAUACUUGGAGGACGGGGAGGAGGACAUGUUCGAGGCGCAGAAUCACGGGCAGAAUCUUCAGAGCAGGAAGAAACGGAGCAGAGCGGCCUUCUCUCACGCGCAAGUUUACGAAUUGGAGAGAAGAUUCGCAGCACAGAAAUACUUGUCAGGCCCUGAACGGGCGGAUCUUGCUCGAGGACUGAAGCUGACCGAGACUCAAGUGAAGAUUUGGUUCCAAAACAGACGGUACAAGACCAAAAGACGACAGCAGCAGGAGCUAGGCGCGCUGGUUAAUUCCGGAAACGCGAGACGCGUGGCGGUGCGAGUUCUCGUGCACCCGGACGAGCAUCUGAGGGGAUUGCCACUUCGUGGUUCCGGGCAACUUCCUGGGCAAAUGUCAGCCCCGCAAAUUCAUCCGGCGAACAAAGCGCUCGGCGGUUUCCCAUACUACUGCCUCCCCUAUCAUCCCCUGCUCUGCCCGCCCCUUCACUCCACUCAUAUUCAGGUGCAAAACACGAUCGCGCCGGACCUCGAUCCCAGCCAGCUGGCGAAACUCAACGACGAGAAGUAAAGCGACAUUUUCACGCCCGUUUCAAACGGGAUCGAAAAUGAAAGUGGCCAUCGGGUCGGUUGAUUUUGGUCAGCUUCGAAUUAUCACGCACGGCGGUUUGUUCAACGUUCACCGUGUGUACACCUAUCGCGUUUAUUGUUGAAUCGGAAUUUGCAUCGUGCGAUUCUUGGAUCGCGGUCAAGCUAGUAGUCUGCUUAACCCCCUGCAAACACGAUGUAAUUUGAAAGUUAUUCGUUAUCAACGAUUUCAGUUGGAUUGGAAAUGUAAUUUCUUUUUCAAUGAAAUUUUUGUUUGGUAACAACACGUCAUCGUACGAAUAUUAGUUCAUUUAUUUCUGUCGAUGAUUUUUAGAAAAAUAUCAAACGAAUCAUUUUUGACGAUUGUCGGAUUAUCCGGCAGAUUUUAAAUUCGAGCCACAGUUGACUAAUUAACUCUUGUGAUUACAGAGGGUUAAAAACGAUCCAUCUUCUCGGUUCUUCUCUUCUCUUUUUCUUUUUCUUUUCUUUUUCAUCGAUAUAUUCUACUCAAUCGACGAAAGUUGGAAUAAAGCACGUUUGGGAAUACAUUGUCUUUGUAUAGUCUUAAAGUUAGUUUGUUUAUUGUUAAACUAGUCUAUCUGCCGUCGUUCGAACGCGAAUCAAAAGAUGUUGUCGACUGAGUGAAUGUUAAAAGUCAGACUCGACGAAAAGCAAUGUAAAUUUUAAAUAGCCGACGUUCCCGUCUGUCUUUGAAUGGAUGUGGAUUAAAGUUCGUAAUUACAGUCGUUCACGCUAUCCACUUCGAAGUAACGAGCACAGUUAUCGAUUAAUCGACUUAGCGUCCGAGCAAUCCAUUAUACGCGUUAACUACUGAAUUUAUCUUAUAAAUAUAUCACACAGUCUAGGACGAGAAUCGUGUAAAUUAGAGUGUAAAUAACUGUAUAAAAUACAAUCUCGAAGAGUAUCGGUGAGUGGAGUGGUAUUUAUUUAUUUCGAGGCCACAUGUGACGAUAGAUUAUCGUCAUUCUGUAAUGACUGCCACGUAAAACACGAUUAAUGUCACUCGAUAAUUAUUCCACGAUACGUGUUUCAACGAUUCAAACGUGUUAUGUUUGUACCAUUGUACACUAGCGAAUGGAAGAAAAUUUCAAGCAGCACCAGGUGAUUCAUAAAUUUGCGAAAUGUGAAGUUAUAUUUAGCGAGUAACUUUCAAUUUUUUUUAUUCGCCAUUGUAUAUUUAAGUAGUUACACAAAAAUUGAAGAACAACGUGGCAGUCUGCUGGCGUCUUGGACAUUAAAACUUUGAAUAAAGCAAAAAAUCGACAAAA